GAAAAUGAUUAAUUCGAAGACUGCGAGUUAAAUUUAUAUAAAGGAAAAUUAUAUUUACUAGAGAAUAAAUAAGUGAAGGCAUUAUUAAAUUUUUCGUUUGAAUUGAUUUUUGAGAUAAUCAUAGAUAACUCAUUUAAUGAAAACGAACAGAAUAAAAUCGAAGACUAUAUGAUAGGUUUGUAGUUUAUAAAUAAUAAUAUUUUCAGUUAGUUUAAAUUAAAGGAUAAAAGUCAAUAUUUAAAAUGGCAAGAAAUACUAUCUAAAUAACUAAUUUAGAAUAACUUUUAUAAAUAUUAUGAUGUUAAAAGAGUUAUAGGGAGCGGGUCAUAUGCUAAUGUAACAAUUGCAUAAAAUAAAAGGAAUAAAAAGCAUUUUGCAAUAAAAAAUUUAAGUAAAUCUUAUAUUUAUUUGUCAAUAGAUGGCAAAUAAGAAAUUCAAAACGAACUCGAAUUAAUGAGAAUUUUUAAUCAUAAAAACAUUAUGAAAUUAAUAGAAGUCUUUGAUACUGAUUCUUCCAUUAAAAUUGUCAUGGAAUUAGUUGAAGGAGGAUAAUUGUAAGAUUUAAUUAAGAAAAAACCCAAUAUGAGUUGGUAAGAAAUAGGAAGUUUAAUUUAAUAAAUUCUAGAAGGAAUAGCUGAGCUUCAUAGUAAAAAUGUCAUGCAUAGAGAUAUUAAACCUGAGAAUAUUCUCAUGAGAAAUAAAGAAUAAUUAGAUCUAGUUAUUGGAGAUUUCGGAUUAGCUACUAAAGCUGAUUGUGAAAAAUAUAUCUAUUUAAAAUGUGGAACACCGGGUUAUGUAGCCCCUGAGAUUGCGAAUUUAGAUGAAAGUAAAAUAUCGCAUUAUUAAAAUGUUUGUGAUGUUUUUUCUGUUGGAUGUAUUUUUUAUAGAUUAUGCGUCCAUAAGCCACUUUUUGGAGGAACUACCCAUGCAGAAGUGUUAAAAGAAAAUAAAUUAUGUAAAAUAAAUUUAGAAAAUGAUUAAAAAGAUCUUCCUUAGGAAGUCUUUUUAUUAUUAAAGGAGCUUCUUGAAAUUGAUCCGAAGAAAAGAAUUUCGGCAAAAAAUGCGCUUCAAAGUUCAUUUUUUUCAAAUUUUUUAAAAUGUGAAAUUCAAAAAAAUAUAAUUCCGUUUAAAGGAAAUGUUGAGGUUAUUAAAUAAUUACAUAAAUAAGAAAAGUAAAAAAUAUAAAAAAAAAAAAAAAAAAAAUUAAACAUAAAAAGAAAAAAAAAUUAAGAAAUUAUAGAUUCUAAGUCUUUUAAAAUGAAAGUAGCAUUAAUAAAUGGAAAAACUAAAUAAAUAUAGGCAUAAAAUAAUUAAAAUAAUAUAGGAUCGUUUUUAUCAUUAGAUUCAUAAUAGCAUUCUAAGAAAAACUCAAUUGAUUAUAGUCCAAAUAAGAAAAAGACAUAAUGUUCAGUUUCAGAAAAAAGCGAAUAAUCUAAUUUAAAAAGCCAAUAUGAAAGUUUACAGUCAAUAGACGAAGCAGAAGAAGGUGAAGAAAUUAAAAACGAUUAAAAAUAAUUCGUUUUUAAAUCUAAAAUUCAAAAGUAUUCAAGUAAUAUUAUAAAUCGAAUUAAUUCGACUUCUAAUACUAAUUCUGAAUCGAAAAACUUAAAUAAUAAACUUAAACCAAUACCUCAUAAUGUAAAAUCUAAAACUUUAAAUACUAGAAAUGAUAAUAUUAAAAAAUUAUAAGGAGUUGUAUAAUCAUUAACUAGUCUAAAAAAGAAAAAAUGA